CGGCCCGCAGCGCCCCCCGCGGGCCCCGCCCCGCAGCCGGGCCAUGUCUGCCGGGUGGCUGCGGCGGGUGCGGAGCGGCCCCGCGGGGGGGCGGCGCGGCGGCUCGGGGGAUCCCGGCCCGGGAACGCCGCCCACCGCCCUGCGUUACCGCCGGCCCAAGUUCCUGCGAGGAGGCGGUGAGGAGAGCCCGCGGGGCCUGAGGGCCGUGCGGGGCGCCGGGCACAGCCUGCCCUGGGGCGCGGGAUACGCCGAGGUUAUCAAUGCCGAGAAGUCGGAGUUCAAUGAGGACCAGGCAGCCUGCUGUCAGAUCUCCCUCCGGAGGAGAGAGCCGGGCCUAGAGGAGGACGAAGAAUGGCUGAUCCUGUGCUCCACGCAGUUCCUGACUGGUUACUACUGGGCGCUGUUUGAUGGCCAUGGUGGCCCAGAAGCUGCCAUCAUUGCCUCCAACUAUUUGCACUACUGCAUCAAGCAGAAGCUGGAGGAGGUUGUGGGAGGCAUCACAGAGGCUCGUCCCCCCAUGCAUCUGAGCGGACGCUGUGUUUGUGACAGCGACCCACAGUUUGUGGAGGAGAAGCGCAUCCAUGCAGAAGACCUGGUGGUGGGAGCCCUGGAGAACGCCUUCCAGGAAUGCGAUGAAGUCAUCGGCCAGGAGAUGGAAUCUACGAACCAGACGGGAGGCUGCACUGCUCUGGCUGCCCUCUAUUUCCAGGGAAAGCUGUAUGUGGCCAACGCUGGGGACAGCAGGGCAAUUCUCGUUCUGAAGGACGACAUCGUGCCCAUGAGCUGUGAGUUCACACCCGAGACAGAGAGGCAGCGAAUCCAGCACUUGGCUUUUCUUUUCCCCAAGCUCCUGGAUGGCGAGUUCACACGCUUUGAGUUCCCACGGAGGUUGAAGGGAGAUGACGUGGGCCAGAAAGUCCUGUACCGAGAUUACUUCAUGGAAGGCUGGGGAUACAAGACGGUGGAGAAAGCCGACCUCAAAUAUCCUCUUGUCCACGGUCACGGGAAGCAGGCUCGCUUGCUGGGGACUCUGGCUGUCUCUCGAGGUCUGGGCGAUCAUCAACUCAAAGUCAUUGACACCAACAUUGAAGUCAAACCUUUCCUCUCCUGCAUUCCCAAGGUGAAUGUAUUUGACUUCGCUCUGCAUGACGUCCAGGAAGAUGAUGUCCUCAUCAUGGCAACCGAUGGCCUCUGGGAUGUUCUGUGCAACAAAGAGGUGGCCCAUAUGGCCAGGAGCUUCCUUGCAGAAAACAGCACAGAUCCUCACAGAUUUUCAGAACUGGCCAAGUGCUUGGUUUGCAGAGCAAGGGGAAAGAAUAGAGGCCACCAGUGGAUGCUGGAUGACAGCCACGAGGCAUCCUACGAUGACAUCUCUGUAUUUGUCAUCCCACUACACAACAGGGAUAAGGACUGACCACGAGCGUGACACACAGGAUCUCGGUGUCCCCCUGCUGUGGUGCUCUUCAGCAUCAACCUGAGAGUGAGUGUUCUCUGCUGUGCACGUAUGCUCCUUCCAGCAAAACCACCUGUAGUGGAACCUGGAAUUGCACAGCCAGAACUUAUGCAGAAGAUCAGCAAGAACGUUAGCUCCUUAAGAACAUGCAAGAGAUAAACAGUGGGCAACAAAUCAUUCCCUUUUUACUCCUUUCUCUUUGAUGGACCAAGCAGAAAUUGCAAAGGGGGCCAUGCAAGCUGAAGGGUACUAAUUUUAAGACCUUUGCGGUACAACAAGCCCCAAUCCACAUUUCUAGUGACCCAUCUUUUUUGACAAAUGAGAUCCAGUCACGCUUACGAGCUGGAUUUUAAAUCAGACUUGAGUUAAAUCGUGUAAGACUGGAUGCAUAAGCUAAAAUGUCCCUUGUAUCCAUUUGCUCUAACGCGAGAUGUACUGAAAACUCAGGAGCUGCUGCUAAGACUGUGUGAGGUGCAGCCAUAUCCGCCUGAUUCAAGUGCCGAAGCAGUAGCCCAGACUUUUCGAGGAGAUUGACAUUUGGAGGCAGCACCACCUCAAAACAGACAAUUUGAGCAGAUGAAGCUACACACUGGUGUACAGGAGCCUCCUGUGCAGACACGUGCCUUACUAUUCAAGAGCAUUUAAGUAUACUCGUAUGUAAUGCAACGUACAGGUUUCUAACACACUUUUCCCCUUCAUUCAGGUAAUUUCUGACAGCAAAGCUGGUAGCACUGAUGAGAACAGAAGCGGUUUAAAUACAUCUGGUUUAAGUAAACAAAGUAAAACAAAACUGGUUUUGUUCAAACGUAUCUGCAAGUGCUGACUCUCAAGCACUUGGACUCGAAUUUCAACAGGAAGGGCAGUGCAGGAGACAUCCCAAACUGAGGUGUGCCUUAAACUCUGAGAAUCUGCUUCGUAACCUCUUUAUUAGCCAGACAAAUUCAGGUCUGGACAAACUUCCCAUCUCCCCUAGUUCCUACUUUGGUUUUUGUUAUUCAUUACACAAGUUGCAAGGCUCCCUAGCGAAGCAGACAAACCCCAGUGCCUGGUUAAGUUCCAUGUGGAUGGAAGGCCAAAUAAAAACAUUUUUAAUGCAUCUUGUUGCAGUUUUUUUUUCCUGUCAGAGGUUUUACCCAGACCUGAGAUGGAGAAAAGCAGCCUUAGAAAAUCACAGGGAUAUUUUUUGCUUCCCGUUCAUCUUUACUGACAACUGGUAGAUUGAAGCAUUCCCUAAGCAGUACUGCCCAAGGGACAGGUGUUUGCUUUUCCCUAACCUCUCGGGUUUAACCUGAAAGCAAUGUGGAUGGAGUUUUACCCGUUAACCCAAUGCUGGCUGCUGCCCCCCUACAGCAGCUGUAAUGCCAUACAUAACAUUGACUGUAAUGGUCAGUCUCCUGCUACUCCAAACCAACAAACUAUUUUCCCACCUUCCUGAUGAGAAAGGGAUUAGGUCCUCCAACCAGACCCCACGCUUCUGUGAACACCCUCCUAUCUAGGGUGCCAUACUUCAACGAGUAGCUGCUUCCCUAUCCUAGUAUGUUCCUAGGCAGGAAAAGCCUCUUAAAAUGGACAAUAUAUGUAGGGCUGGCUCCAGAGCAUCACAAAUUCCACCACAAAGCUUCUGACUUGCCAAAAUGAAGGAGCUUUUCUAAAAAGGAUGAUUUUCCCAUCCUCCCUCUAAGAAACCAAGCAAAUUGUAUCCCGCUGGGCAAACACAGAAUUUACAGCACUUUGAUCUCUAGAAAAUAUUUAUUAGUAACAGCCACAGCAUUGAAUUCUCCACGUAUUUUCUGACAAAGCAUAAUUUGAUUUUAUCUAUUUACACUGGUCUGGUAGAUGCCCACGUAGGAGUCAAAAUCCCCACACCAACUCAACAAAGAGAGCAGUUUCCAAAAGGCUCACUGGGAUCCCAGCCCCUGACCCAAACCCAAGGUGAAGUCUCUUAAAGUGCAUAAACAAAGAGGCAUCGCACAGGAUACACCGCUGCUUCCCAGCCUGUUCACUUAGUUGCUCCUGUGUCACCCAGAGCAGGGGCUGGGACAUUCGCCAAGGACCUGGGAGCCUCAAUAAACCACAACAAACCUCUCAAAAACAAACUUGGAGAAGAAAAUUGAACCCAACAAUCUCCUACAGCCCAAGCAGAUGUGCUCGGCCACUACCACUGCUUAUGGAGAGGUGGGCGACUGAGUCCCACUCUCCCCUCAUUUUGAAUAAAGGUCUUUCCUUCAUCCCAAAGAACACGGGGAGGAUUCGUCUUCUAAAUGUCAAUUUUGGAGGGAGAAUGCUGUUUCCUGCUUGAUUUUACGUAAGGUUGGACACUCUUAGAGCUGUGAGUGCCGUUUUUUAAUGAGGUCUGUUUCUCAUUAGCUGGCUGCCCUGAAGAGCACAGGCACUGCCAUCCUGAUAACUUUUAGAGAAGCACAUAGAAGCUGGAAGCCAAAAGCUUCAUUCACCUUUCUGGCCCAACCUUCUAGAAAUAUGCGACAGAUUUCUGUGACAAUACUUGGCAUAAUUCCCUCUCUUGAGGGCACAUAAAAAACCCUCAGUGCUACAUCAAGCACAAAUGAUGCCUUGGUGUGGGUGGCAGUUGGCUUUAAUGAGAAGGCAUUCAGCUUUAAUUCUGAACUAAGCAUUAGCGUAGUGUUGCCCACAAACUUCUACAUUUAUCUUCACUCCAGAAAGACACCGAUGUUCUUUGUGUACGUGUCCUCCUAAAUCAGUCCCUCGCUCCUCUUAAACAUUUCAUUUCAUGCCGCGACGCACAAUGCUUUACAACACUGCAGAGCUGAACAACGGUCUUUAGACAAGUGCUCAAACCACAUUAGCAAUGACUAUUUUUAGCAUAAAAGGCUUCCAAAUGCUUCCCUGGUAAAAAGUAACAAGGAAAACCACUGGAGGCUAUCGUUUCACUUCCUCAGGCAAUAGACUUUGUAAACCCCUGAAAGUUUUGCUACCGAAUGCUGAAAUUUAACUGUUAAAAUGCACUACAUCCCCUAAAUAACUGUAUGCUACAAACCACUGCAAAAAACGGCUGCCUACGGAAACACCAACAAUGGUAAAAUAGCACCAAGCAGCCUGAAAUGUAACAACAGGGAGUUGAAGAGGUGGCUUUGGAAAGACAGUCACUGUGGGAACCAAGAUAGGGGUCCCCCCCUUAUGGGGGACGUGGGACAGCAUGAGAAGAGGGAUGCUGGUGCAAUAGCAUAAACCUUUCAUCUGCAUCUCCAACAGCAGGCCUGUUUGGCAAGGUCAAAGCUGUCCCCUUCCCUCCUCCUGUCUGGAGCACGGCAGACUUGCAUCACAGACCUGUGCCGUCAGAAAUGGCCCUAAACCUACACGGUAAAAUGAGCAGAGGCAAGGCACAAAGCCUAAGAAGCUUCAACCCCAGCACUGAUCCAUGCAUCACUUUUAUCAGACAGGCUUAGGCGGGCAGUCCUGCUGACUGCCACAAGCAAAUGCUGCGACUCAGGACCUGCCACUACAUUAAAGGAACCAGCAGUGGAGAAAUGUGCAUUCCCAGCACAGUUCCACUGACAAGGUCUGUGGGAAACAAAACUGCAAGGAAAAGCAAAACAGAAGCAGCUGUUCUACAAGCCAAUUUACUUUUCCAGGGAGUCAUGCUCUGAAUUAUAUACAAGGCCCCACAGUUGAGACGAACUUUGCUGCAAUAGGGGACCAUUGGCAACUGACCCAAGGUAAAAUGCUCAAGCACAGCUCCCCAGUACAGACUGGCACUUGAGAGCAGAGAGAGCUCAUGUGACUGAGCGAAAGAAUUGGUUUUCCAAGCUGUGACCCCACACAUAAAACCAAGUGCGUUUAGAAAAGCAAGAAUACAAAGAACAUGACAUUUUUUGCCAGCCGACUGGUGGAUGCAUUUGAUCAAUGCAGCUUUUCAGGCAAAAAAACCUGGAACCAGGCUUGAAGACCUGCUUACCAGCCCUUCUGUACCAUUCGCCCACAAGCCCCUUCGGAGCAGCAAUAUACAUCCCUCCCAUCUCUCUGCAGGGGCGUUCCUUGGAGCAGCGCCAUAGAAUCAGUACAGUCAUGUGUAAGAUCUUUAAAAUUCAAUGCUGAACACACCAUCUGGCAAAGGAAGCAUCGCUCUUUUGGGGCUACCGCUGAAAACCUGUAACAAAAAGUAACAAUGAACUAACCCCACAUCAGUUUUACCUACAAAGCGAUACAGGUCUAAUCCUGGUGCUGGGAAAAUUUAACGGAGCUUAUUUACAAACCAGGAGGGGAAAACUGCAUCAGUGAAGGCAAACACAGCCUAGACACCCCACAACACUGGCCCACGUCAUAGUCUUUAAUAUCUAAAAGUAAAAAAAUAUGGCCCAUUCCCACUGCCCACCCCCCACCCCCGCCCCGAUAUUUACAAGUAAAAUCAGCCAAGAUGAUACAAGAGGAAGAUACACAGGCAGACUGUGCUUUCAGUCCCAGUUUGGCUCCUCCAUCUUCCUGCUGUCAGACUCCUUUAUUGCUUGGGA